GAAUCCGACAGCGGGAUGGUGCUGACGCUGGAUGAAAUCAAAAGCCGGAAGAGGCUGGAAAUCCGUUCCUGGCCUUAUGGGAUCAUGGCUCUGGCGAGGAAAGCCAUGGUCCACAAGAGCAAGGAGUCCGUCUUCUCUGAAACCGGACACGACCCGGUGAAAUACCGGCGAUCGGAGGUUCAGGAGGCAGAGGAGGAGAGCGCCUUGGAGGAAUCGGUUCUUCUCCCGAUGGAUCCCAGCCUGGAAUGCCACAGCCCUCCACCUGACUACAACUCCGUGAUCCAAUACACGGCUCCUCCGGUGUAGCCCACCACUGCCUUCUGUAUCUGCAGCCAGGCAGCACUGGCCUUGACCUUCCCUUUCUCAAAGCCUGCUCUGAGGACUGAAUGGCAUUAAGAAGAGAAGACCAGUUGCCCAAAGCACAGAUUCGUCCAUGCUUGGCAUCUGGAAAUCCUUUCACUUUCCCCAUUUUCUGCAAUUGCAAAACAAGGGCAUAUCUGUGGGACUUCCCUCUCGCUCUCUUUCGUGUACCAAA